AUGAAGAAACCUGGGAAGUUUGCAAACUCGUCUUUUCAUAAGGAAGGUCGUCCUGCCAACGUUGAAGCUGAGCGGCCGCGGAAACCUGUGACGCCCAGAGAUGAGUUUUUCACUGAGCUCGUCAAAACGGGCCGUCCCAAUUGGAAAAAGGCUCCAUCGGCAGUGAAACAGAGAUACAAUGGUAUCUUUUUGAUUCUUUUCUCGAUUCCAAUCAUGACGCUUUCAGGUUGGGAGCUUUAUCGCCGUAUGGAGGGUAAGUCCACCAAGAAGGUCCAGGAAGGUGAGAUCAUCCACGGCAAGGAAGUGAGGAAGUUUGACGAGGCAGAAAAAUGGCAAAAAGAGAAGGACAGUAUCUUAUAUAAGAUAUUUGGUCGUGAUUUCUUCUUGGAUGGUUUCACCAGCAAAACCAUGAAGCCUGAGCUGAACAAGGAGAACGAAAAGUAA